GUCUACACUAUGCUUGAAGGAAGUGGUUUUGGUUGGUUUUGAAGAACUGCUCUUGGAUUCUCUGGGUUUGUAUUGUAAGUGGGUCCUUUACUUAGUGUGGAUUGCAGUGCUUGAGGACCCAACCCUCUUCUAUUUUAAGUUGGUGCUUCCUUUUUACAAGAACUCAAGAAAGGUUAUCUUGAAAAUCUAGCUUGUACUCUCUGUUGGUGGGUCUGAAAAGACAGUUUCCUUUCUAGAAGGGUGAAAGCUCCCUUCCUGUCUUCACUUGAUUGUGAACUGCAUAGAAAUAAACAUUCCCGUGUUUAUAGAAGACUAUGAAACUCUUUAACCUUUUAGUGUUAUCUUUAUCUUUCUUCUCUGUUGUGGGGCAGCUUCCUUCCCAGGACAUUUUAGCAUUGCUGGAAUUUAAGAAAGGCAUCAAACAUGACCCUACUGGUUUUGUCCUCAAUUCCUGGAAUGAGGAAUCCAUUGACUUUGAUGGAUGCCCAUCUUCAUGGAAUGGAGUUCUGUGUAAUGGUGGUAAUGUUGCUGGGGUUGUCCUUGAUAACUUGGGUCUCUCUGCCGACACUGACUUAAGUGUAUUUACAAACCUCACAAAACUUGUGAAACUCUCCAUGGCCAACAAUUCCGUAUCAGGAAAACUACCUGAUAACAUUGCUGAUUUCAAAAGCCUUGAAUUCCUGGAUAUCUCCAAUAACCUCUUUUCCUUAUCCUUACCAUUGGGAAUUGGUAACUUAGGUAGCCUGCAGAAUGUGUCGUUGGCUGGAAAUAACUUCUCUGGCCCAAUUCCUAACUCUAUUUCAGAAAUGGCUUCCAUCAAGUCUCUGGACUUGAGCCGCAACUCCUUUUCCGGAGCACUUCCAGCAUCAUUGACUAAGCUGACUACCCUUGCAUCUCUAAACUUGUCUCAUAAUGGCUUCACUGGAAAAAUUCCCCCAGGUUUUGAGCAGAUCUCUGCUCUUGAAAAACUUGACUUACAUGGGAAUAUGCUUGAUGGUCAUUUAGAUGCUACAUUUAUGCUUUUAUCAAGUGCCAGCUAUGUUGAUUUCAGUGAGAACAUGCUGUUGAGUUCUGAUUCCCAGCAGCAGAAGUUUCUACCGCGAAUAUCUGAAAGUAUUAAGUAUCUGAAUCUAAGUCACAACCAGCUUACUGGGUCAUUGGUUAGUGUAGCCGAGCAACCUGUUUUUGAAAACUUGAAGGUGUUGGACCUCAGCUACAAUCAAUUGUUUGGAGAAUUGCCUGGAUUUGAUUUUGUUUAUGAUCUUCAGGUCCUUAAGCUUAGCAAUAACAAAUUUUCAGGAUAUAUUCCUAAUGGUCUACUAAAAGGAGACUCUUUGGUUUUAACUGAACUUGAUUUGAGUGCCAACAAUCUCUCAGGGUCACUUGGUAUAAUUACAUCAACAACACUGCACUUUCUUAAUCUCUCGUCGAAUGGGUUCACUGGUGAGCUGCCUCUGCUGACUGGAAGCUGUGCUGUACUUGAUCUGUCAAAUAACAAAAUAGAAGGAAAUUUGACCAGGAUGUUGAAAUGGGGGAAUAUAGAAUUUCUUGAUCUCAGUGGGAACCAUUUGACAGGGUUCAUCCCUGAGGUAACUCCUCAAUUUUUGAGACUAAAUUAUUUGAAUCUAUCCCAUAAUUCUCUUAGCAGCUUCCUCCCAAGAGUGCUAACACAGUAUCCAAAGCUUAGAUUGCUUGAUAUUAGUUCCAACCAAUUAGAUGGACUACUUCUAGCUGAUCUGUUCACAAUGGCCACAUUGCAAGAGCUCCAUCUUGAAAAUAAUAUGUUUUCUGGUAGCAUCAAUUUAUCAUCUUCUCCUGGCCAAUCUGAUCUUCAGAUUCUUGAUCUUUCUCACAAUCAGCUUAAUGGCUAUUUUCCUGAUAAGUUUGGGUCAUUAACUGGCCUUAAAGUGCUCAAUAUUGCUGGAAAUAAUUUUUCUGGUUCUCUUCCGACGACCAUUGCUGAUAUGAGUUCACUAGACGAUCUGGAUAUAUCAGAGAAUCAUUUUACUGGUCCUCUUCCAAAUAACAUGCCAAAGGGACUCAAAAACUUUAAUGCUUCACAAAAUGAUCUGUCUGGAGUUGUCCCAGAAGUUCUUAGGAAGUUCCCUAGUUCUUCUUUCUUUCCUGGGAAUGCUAUGUUACAUUUUCCUAACAGUCCUCCUGGAUCAACCACUUCCCUUACUGAAAAUUCCAAGAGGAAGCCUAUGAACACUAUUGUUAAAGUAAUAAUUAUAGUGUCAUGUGUGGUUGCUCUCUUCAUAUUAAUAUUGAUGGCUGUCUUCAUUCACUACAUACGUAUGUCAAGAUCUCCACCAGAAUAUGAUACAAGUAAGGAUAUCCAUGGGCGUGCUCAGCCAAUUAUCUCUGGUCCUGUUCGUGCAACAGACAGGGGUGGUGCUUUGGUUGUAUCAGCUGAGGAUCUUGUGACCUCACGUAAAGGUUCACCAUCAGAAGUAAUCAGCCCUGAUGAAAAAAUGGCAGCUGUAACUGGGCUCUCCCCUUCAAAGCACAGCCACUUUUCAUGGUCACCAGAAUCUGGUGAAUCAUUGACUGCUGAAAAUCUCUCAAGACUAGACGCAAGAUCACCAGAUAGGUUGAUUGGAGAACUGCAUUUUCUUGAUGACACAAUAACAUUGACACCUGAGGAGCUCUCAAGGGCCCCAGCUGAAGUAUUGGGUAGAAGUAGUCAUGGUACUUCUUACAAGGCAACUCUGGAGAAUGGUUUAUUGUUGAGAGUGAAGUGGUUGAGAGAAGGAGUGGCAAAACAGAGAAAAGAAUUUGUUAAAGAGACAAAGAAAUUUGCAAACAUCAGGCAUCCAAAUGUCGUGGGAUUGAGAGGAUAUUAUUGGGGUCCUACGCAGCACGAGAAGCUUAUUCUUUCAGAUUACAUAUCACCAGGAAGUCUUGCAAGUUUUCUUUAUGAUCGUCCAGGAAGAAAAGGUCCGCCAUUAACUUGGGCCCAGAGGCUCAAAAUAGCAGUUGAUGUAGCACGUGGCCUAAACUAUCUGCAUUUUGAUCGCGCUGUUCCACAUGGGAACCUCAAAGCUACAAAUGUGUUGUUAGAUACAGCUGAUAUGAAUGCACGUGUUGCCGAUUACUGCCUUCACCGACUUAUGACUCAGGCCGGUACCAUUGAACAGAUUCUUGAUGCUGGGGUGUUAGGUUAUCGCGCACCGGAGUUAGCUGCUUCCAAGAAGCCAAUGCCCUCUUUCAAAUCAGAUGUUUAUGCUUUUGGAGUGAUACUUUUGGAACUUUUAACUGGAAGGUGUGCUGGUGAUGUGAUAUCUGGUGAGGAGGGAGGUGUUGAUCUUACAGAUUGGGUAAGAUUGCGGGUAGCAGAAGGUAGAGGCUCAGAAUGUUUUGAUGUUACCUUGAUGCCAGAAAUGGGUAAUUCAGUUAUAGAAAAGGGAAUGAAGGAGGUCCUAGGAAUAGCAAUUCGAUGCAUUAGAUCAGUAUCUGAGAGGCCUGGUAUCAAGACUAUAUAUGAAGAUCUUUCUUCUAUAUAGUAAGUAUGCUCAUGCUAACUCUUUGAAGUCUUUGACAUAUUAUGGGAACUAAUGUCUCAUUGGUUAUCCCAUUUUUGUUCAGAGUUUGGCUUUUUUAACUUGUUUGUAUUAUUAACCAUUGUUUUUCACUGUAAAAAUGGGGCAUAUGCCAAAAGCAUAUACAUGGCUACUAGUUGAUGGGUUAUGACUUGUGACCAUCACCAUCUGAUUUUAUCUUAAGAUGGAAUGUGUUAUGAAUGAUGAUUUUGUUUGCAAGUGCUAGAGAUGAAGGCUGUACAACAUUACAAGUUUGCCCUGUAAUGGUUAGUAGUUCUAUUUUUGGUUGAUUUAUUUGAUUG